AUGAGGUGCUGCUAUCUUGAUGCAAUGGAACUUGUACAAAAAUAUGAAAAAUCGGACAUUUUUCUUACCAUGACCUGCAAUCCCGCAUGGAAAGAAAUUCAAUGCAAUCUGAAGUAUCAUGAGAAGCCGCAGGAUAGGCCUGAUCUUUUAGCUAGAGUUUUUAGAGCUAAAUUUGAAAUGCUUAAAUACGAACUCUUGAAUAGGCAGAUUUUUGGUGAGGUGGCAGCAUGCGUCUAUGUUAUUGAGUUUCAAAAACGGGGAUUUCCACAUGCUCAUUUGUUACUCAUUUUGAAGCCUCAAUUUAAGCUGCUCAAUCCAGAUUCAUACGACAAGGUAGUCUGCGCUGAAUUACCUGAUCGCCUUCAGUAUCCUCACCUCUACUCUCUUGUUGUAAAGCAUAUGAUCCAUGGUCCUUGUGGAGACAUGGAUAAAAGUUGCCCCUGUAUGAAAGAUGGUUCCUGCAAGAAUCAAUAUCCAAAAAUUUUUUGCCCUCAUACAACCCAUGGUGAAGAUAGUUACCCAUAUUAUAGAAGAAGGGAUGAUGGCAAGAAAGCGAAAGUUCGCAGAUUCACCCUUGAUAAUAGGUGGGUUGUGCCUUACAACCCUUAUCUUCUUGCUUUGUUCGAUUGCCACAUGAAUGUGGAGAUUUGUUCUACCAUUAAACUGGUCAAGUACCUGUAUAAGUAUGUGUUCAAGGGACAUGAUCUGGUCUCUUUUAGGAUUAUGACGGAUGAUAGUGGUACUGAUACUGACGAGAUUAAAGAGUUCCAAAAAGGUAGAUACAUUUCACCUCAGGAAGCGUUUUGGCGCAUCUAUGAGUUCCGUUUAAAUGAGAUGACCCCAUCUGUUUAUACUCUCCAAGUUCACCUUCCAAAUCAGCAGCUUGUUUCUUUUCCGAAAAACUCAGAUUUGCUGCAGUUGUUAGCAAGAGUUGAUUUUUCUAAGACCAUGCUAACUGAGUUUUUCAAGAUGAAUGCAACCAAUGCAACCGCUGAAAACCUGAAAUGUUUUUUGUCGAAGAUAUUAUCUCCUAUGAUUAUGGGAGAUAUUAUCUUCCAUAAUUAUCUCCCAUGA